AGUCUCUCUGUCCGCGCUGUGUGUUUGAGCAGCAGAGGAAGGCAGAGGGAGACAGAGCAGCUCCCAGCAGCUAUCCGCAUCUCGUCCACGCGGAGCUUCCAGCGGCUGAAUGCAGCAGAUCUGUUCAGAGAGCAGCAGCUGCAGAAACACAGACAACAACUCGGUUUCAGGUCACCUCAUGAGCAGUGAGCAGGAGCAGCUGAGGGGUAACCAGGACACACCGGCCCCCCCGGACCCAUCCAUGGCCCAGGCUUACCCAUCAGCCCAGUUCGCCCCCCCUCCCCAGAACGGCAUUCCAGCUGAGUUUACAGCUUCACACCCCCACCCGCACCCACACUCCCACCCACACCCACACCAGCACCCGGCAGCCCCCCAGGACUACAGCGGGGUCCCGGCCUCCGUCAGCGAGCACCCCCUCAACAUGUACCAGUCCUCACAGAGCCACAGCGAGCCAGGGGGGUCCGAGUCAGGGGCGCAGACAGUCACCGGAACAGCCACACAGACAGAUGAUUCUGCACAGACAGACAGUCAGACAUCAUCACAGACUUUACCUGAAAGCACAGACAGCAAGACCCAGCCCAAGAGACUGCAUGUCUCCAACAUCCCCUUCAGGUUCAGAGACCCAGACCUCAGGCAAAUGUUUGGUCAAUUUGGCAAAAUCUUAGAUGUGGAAAUCAUCUUCAACGAGCGUGGCUCUAAGGGUUUUGGGUUCGUAACGUUCGAGCAUAGCGUGGACGCCGACAGGGCCAGAGAGAAAUUACACGGCACCGUGGUAGAAGGCCGUAAAAUAGAGGUCAACAAUGCAACAGCCCGAGUAAUGACAAAUAAGAAGACUGUCAACCCAUAUGCAAAUGGCUGGAAGUUGAAUCCAGUGGUCAGCGCUGUCUACAGCCCCGAGUUCUAUGCAGUUCCAGGUUUUCCAUACCCAGCAGCCAGUGCAGCAGCAGCAGCAUACAGAGGAACCCACCUACGAGGUCGAGGACGGACGGUCUACAACACGUUCAGGGCGGCCGCUCCGCCCCCCCACAUCCCUGCAUACGGAGGUGUUGUUUACCAGGAUGGAUUUUAUGGUGCAGAUAUUUAUGGUGGUUACGCUGCCUACAGAUAUGCCCAGCCUACUGCUGCCACAGCUGCUGCAUACAGUGACAGUUACGGACGAGUAUAUGCUGCAGACCCCUACAACCACACACUCACUCCAGCAGCCACAUACAGCGUUGGUGCCAUGCAUUCUGCAUGUUCCCGCGGCAUGAAGCAUGUCGCUGUGCUUGCUGCAUGAUGAUCUCUCCAGUCAUUGGUCAAAUCACCAACACCCGUUCACACUGGAAUGACGGUAACGUAAUGUUGGAACUCUGGUUGUAGUUUGUGCAGAACUGAAGAGGCUAAUGAGGUCUAUGUGUUUGUGUGUUUGUGUGUGUUUCUAUGAAUAUUUGUGUGUUUUGUAUUUUUCUGUGUGUGCGAAUGUGUGUGUUUCAGAAUGCGUUCACCCCACUGACAGAUGCCAAAACUCGGAGUCAUGCAGACGACGUGGGGCUGGUUCUGUCCUCUCUGCAGGCCAGUAUAUACAGGGGGGGCUACAGCCGCUU